UAGCUGGGUUAUACUGCCAACUAGCAGGCAGCCUCCCUGCUCGCCUAUCACAGCCAGUCCCCUGCACAGGGUGCAGUUGGGCUCGGCAGUGGUUGUUCCUGCUGUGUCACUCUCUCCUUCCCCCUUGCUUGGUCUUCUUGGUGGCAGGAUUAUAAUCCAGUGUCCUGCUGCUGUCGUGCCCUGGUUUGAGCUUUCUGCCUGACUUCUGCCUGCACUUCUCUUUGCUCUGGUACUGCACCAAGCAUGGAGAAUGAACAGCUCACUGAGAAACAGCAGCAGGUUCCCACCUCACCUAGGCAGGACAUCCAGGGGCAAAGCAAAGAGGAAGCUGUCCCCAGCUCGCAGCCCCUAUCCCCCACAGACCAAACCAUCUCCCAUCCUGAGGUGGCCACGUGUGACAUCUCGGAGGAGCUGAGCCGGCAACUGGAGGACAUUAUUAAAACCUAUGGGUCUGCAGCCAGUCUGAUGGAGAAGGAAGGCACUACACCAGGAACUGACAAGCCGGAGAAGGGAGAUGUGGGCAGUAUGGAGGAUGCAGAGUAUGAGGAUGCAAAUGAAGAAAGUGAGAAAGACAAACCAGCUCCUGGAGAUGCUUCAAGAGCAAAGGAGCCCAGCGCCAGCAAGGAACAAAAGCUGGAGAAGAAAAUCCUGAAAGGACUAGGAAAGGAAGCCACCCUACUGAUGCAAAGCUUGAACAAGCUGAAUACUCCAGAAGAGAAGCUGGAACUGUUAUUCAAGAAGUAUGCUGAGCUGCUUGAGGAGCAUCGUGCUGAGCAGAAGCAGCUCAAGUACCUGCAGAAGAGGCAGGCCCAGAUCACCAAGGAGAAGGACCAGCUGCAGAGUGAGCACAGCCGAGCCAUCCUUGCUCGCAGCAAGCUUGAGAGCCUGUGCCGAGAGCUCCAGAGGCACAACAAAACCCUCAAGGAAGAAACAAUUCAGCGGGCACGGGAGGAAGAUGAGAAGAGGAAAGAAAUAACAAAUCAUUUCCAGGGCACGCUGAGUGAAAUCCAGGCUCAGAUUGAGCAGCAAAGUGAGAGGAACAUGAAGCUCUGCCAGGAGAACACAGAGCUGGCAGAAAAGCUGAAAAGCAUUAUUGACCAGUACGAGCUGCGGGAAGAGCACCUUGACAAAAUAUUUAAGCACAGAGAACUUCAACAGAAAUUGGUCGAUGCCAAGUUGGAGCAGUCUCAGGAAAUGAUGAAGGAAGCAGAGGAGCGACAUCAGAAGGAAAAGGAAUAUCUCCUGAAUCAAGCUGCAGAAUGGAAGCUACAGGCCAAAAUGUUAAAGGAACAGGAGACAGUCCUGCAGGCACAGAUCACUCUCUACUCUGAAAGAUUUGAAGAAUUUCAGAAAACACUGACAAAAAGCAAUGAAGUAUUUGCUACCUUCAAACAAGAGAUGGAGAAAAUGACAAAGAAAAUGAAGAAGUUGGAAAAGGAUACUGCUACAUGGAAAUCCAGGUUUGAGAACUGUAACAGAGCAUUACUGGACAUGAUUGAAGAGAAAGCCAUGAGGACCAAGGAAUAUGAGUGCUUUGUGCUGAAAAUCCAGAGGCUAGAGAACCUUUGCCGAGCUCUGCAGGAAGAGAGGAAUGAACUGUACAGAAAAAUAAAACAAGCACAGCUCCCUGAAGAGGUGAAUGGAAAUGAUAUCUUAGAAGAAGAUGACGACGCCAAUACAAACCCUUCCUCCAGUGAGCAGGCAAGCAUUGAGCUAUGUGCUGCUGACAAGAACAUGCUGCAGGAGCUAGCUGAAGCUUUCAGGGUGUCCCACACAGCAGAGGAGACCCUUCCAAGCAACAGCAGCAAUCCAGAGACGCGCGAUGUUCAAAUGUGUAAAGCCAUCUCUGUGCCAGAACUCCCCUGUCAUCUCACCUCACAGUCAGAGGCUGGGAACCACUGUGAGCAGUUCAGCAUGAGCACAUCAGGACCCCCUGAACACAUGCCAGCAUCCUCUGAAAAUACAACAACACCCAUCGAGAGCAUGCCAAAGCCCACCGAAAGCAUGCCCGUGCCCCCAGAAAUGGUGCCAACACCUACAGAAAGUGUGCCAAUACCUACAGAAGGUGUGCCAACAUCUCCCAGUAUCAUGCCAGCAAUCUCUGAAGGUGUGCCAACACCCAUGCAAAACACAUCUGCUCCCCUUGGAAAUAUGCCAGCAUCCACCAAAAGCACACCAAAAGCUGUAGAACAUGUGGAUGAUACAGCAGAGCUGUUUGUCCAAGAUCAGCCUGCAGACCAAAAAGGGGAUACAGAUAUGGAAGCAGUAGAUUGAAGACAAAGAAGAGUUCAGGCACAUAUUAAACAAACCACAGUUCUACUUUGUUUCUCAAAUUUGUUUGUUUAAAGAAAAAAAGUGAGUGCUAAAACACAAUCAUACAUACCUGUAGAUAAACAUAAUGCACUUCUCUUUCAUAUCACUAUCCAGUUUUACUCAGUCUGCAUGUUUUGCUGUCCUUCAUCUGAUUAAAGCAUAAUAUUUUCUUAAUGAUAGGAAAGUUCAACAAAAUUACAGUAUCUUUUUUCCCAGUCAUGAGUCAUCUCCUUCGACAAAAUAAUUUUGAAAUGCUGAAGUUACGUGUUUCAAAAGUCAUUGCUAUUUUCAUACAUAUACUUAAAGUCUUAUAAUUAAUUAUACCUGUUUGAUAUAUUGCACAAAAGAUGGUCUACUUGGAAAUGCAGAGAUCUCAAUAAAUGAGGAGAAAGGAAUCUGUGAUUAUAAAGUAAAAUAGUGAAAUCAUCAAUGUGGUCAGCCAUAUCCAAAGUGAGCUGUAAUAACAAAAGGUGAUGUUUCUAAGAGUAAACUUCCACUGAGCACUGUGUGGACUGAAUACCCACCAAUUUCUAGCCUUACUCUGAAUCCGUCUUUUCUGCUUUGUACGUGACAAGAGGUUUUGUUUUCAACAAAACAAUGGAAGAAGGGAGAUCUUUUCUAGAUUCCUCAUAAAAUGAAUGAAAAGAACAUUAACUCCUAAGCCGAUGGUAAUUCCCAAAGAAGGGAUCACAAACUUCCUUCUGCAUCUAAAAUAAGACUGAUUGUUUGUCAUACCAUUUGGGAUCAUUAUUUCAAUAGAGAGACUUCUGCCUGCCAGCCAGCAAAUGAGCUCAGAAGCCUGGAAGUUCAGAAGCUGGGUGCAGAUUCCAGCACUUAAGCAAAAGGCAGAGACUACACCAGGAGAUAUCUCUGUGAUGAUGCUUCAGGAUGGUGCGAUCCCUCCCAGGCACAGCCACAUGAACCUCUGUUUACAAGGAGAGUAAGAUGGCCCUAGGGAAGAAUGCUGAAACAAAAAUCCUAUUGGCACAUUUCCUGUUUUUCAUCUCCUUCCUCUGAAUGCAGUCUAGGUCUUAUGGAUUGUGAUCUGAAUAGCUUAAGAAUCUGAAAAGGGCAGUAACAUGAGAGAUACAGAUGCUGGAAUGCUAAACAUUACAAUCAAACAAGCCCAUGGCUAGAGACAACUCGCAAGCAGCCCCUAAGGAGAAUCUGAUCAUUUAAGCCAAAAUUGAAAUACAGUUGAAUUAAGAGAAAAGAUGCCACCUUUGGCAGAAUGUGGUCACACAUUCUUUCCUGCAUGUCACCCUCCAAAAGGGAGGUUUGAAUCUUUGCUUCCUGCUACCAUGUCAGGAAUCUGGCUGAGUGCAUCUGCAUCUGCGCUGCUCAUUCAGCUAUUGAGAGCGAACUCAAAUAUACAGAGCACAAUUUGCAAACGUUGGUUGUUCUAAUAUAGAUCAACAAGUAGCUAUUAGAGCUACAGAUUCCAAAGGUAGAUACCUUAUAUUAAGCUGACAGGACUUAUUUCAUGCCUUUAAUCACCUGAAAGUGGAUCAUUUAAGUCUUAAACUCCUUUUAUAAGUAAUAGAGAUAAUAGGCGUUUCUUGAGGACAA